AUGAAUACAAUUGUUCUUAAAUUAUUUCGCUUGGCAAAGAUGGGAUAGAAGGAAGAAUUCUUAUCCUUAGUGUAAAAUAAAGGGAUUAUGAACAAAUUAUAAUAUCUAAAUGGAAAGGAAUUGUCUAUGAUAAUAUAUGGCUAUUAAAAAUUGAAUUUGAUGAGUCAAGAAACUCAGCAAGAAUUUGAAUAGUUAUACUUAAAUAGCAUUAAAAAGCUUAAUGUACAUGAUCAUGUGAUGUGUGGAUGGUCUCUAAAGAAUACUUAGAACAAAGCAGUAUAAAAUGCAUUAAUUUAAUCAUUUCAUUCAAAUUGGGAAAAGAUUAGGCAUAUGCAAUAAACAAAGGCCAACAUAGGCUUAAUUGCUUAUUUAUCUGCUAAUGAAAAAAACCCUGAGGAUCCCAUAUGGAAAUAAAUAGAAGAUCUUUUUUAUGAAACAAUGGAAUUUUAGGAUUAAAAAAACUUCAUGAUUAUCCUCUAUGCAUUCUCUAAAGUAUAACCAAAGAGUGAUUCUAUUUGGAUUACACUUGAGAAAUAUAUUUGGGGUCAAGGAUUUGAUUAAUUCUCUAGAAGAAACCAAGUUCUUAUGGUCUACUCAUUUGCUAAAGUUGGAAAGGGCUCGAUGUAAUUUUGGGAAGUAGCGACAAAGUAAAUCCAAAACCUUAAGUUUAAAUAUUCAGACGAUAUUUCAUUUUGUAUUUGGGCCUUCGCUAAAAUGAACAUUACUAAUUUAUAGUUUUGGGAGAAGAUGAUCAAUAAGUAGCUUUAGAUUUGGGAUAAAGUAACUUUAGCAGAUAUUGAAAAUACAACAUGGGCGUUAGAAAAGGUUUAAUUAAUUAAAUCUGAUUUUUGGAAUUAAAUUUUAUAAAAAUAAAUUUCAGAACAUCAAUCUAUUUCUUUGAAGUAUAAUGAAUUUGAUGAAGUUCUAACAAUUGGUAAGAGAUUAUAUAAUUUGAAAAUGACUGAAAAUCCGUUAUUUUUAUCUCUGCAAAAGAAAAUUACUUAAAUGUUGGCUGACAAUAAAGUCAACUUUUCUUCUUUGCAUAGACUCCAUUUUUUGGCAGUUUUUAUUGAAAAAGACAAUUCCAUAUAUAAUGAGAAAUUAAUCUAAUAAUUGAUUAAUAGUAUAAGUCAAAAUUAAUCAUAUAAUUCUAAUUUAAAUUUGUUAAAUAGUUUAACUUUGCUUUUGUAGGAUUAAACCUUAGCUAAAUUUAAUUUAAAUAAUAAAUUCACAGAUAUCAUCAAUAAGUGUUUUACCAAUAUGUAAUUCCUUGACAUUAAAUCAACUAUUGAUUAAGAAAAAUAUUUUUGGGUUGGAUCUUAUUUGCUUGAAUAUUAAGAGAAUGAGAUUUUGCCAUUAUUGACGUCUGAGUAAAUAUAUGAAAAAGUAGAGAAUAAUAUUUCUCAUUUAUGCAGUUUGAUAAAGAUUUUAUCUAAGCAUGAUAAUGCUGCACCUUUUUUUAAUCGAUUAAGAACAUAUGAGAACCCAAAACCUGAUGUUUUUGUAAGUUUAUUUUACAAUAUGGUCCAUAAAUAUGGUUACCUAAUACCUUAAGAAAAAUAUAAGAAACUGAGAAACAUGUUAAAAUCAAUUAGUCAAACAAAAGAUAAAAUGGAAAUUUAGAAUAAAUUUAUCGAUUACAUUUUAAUUAAGAAUGAUAAUAUCAUUGAAGAAAUCAAUGCUUUAUUAAAAAUAUAGAUACAAGAUUAUGUAAAAUAAUAUCAGAAUGACAUUGAAGUAGAUUUGUAGAAAAUAUUACAAGAACAAGUGAGUAAAUAACGAUUAGAAUUCUAAUAAUAGAUUGAUUUAAAAAAUCAUUAGUUUAUAGACAUUGUAAAUUUCGAUAUCCAAGGUUAAAUCGAGGAUGAUACAUAAUAAUGA